GAUCUUAUCCCUGUCAAAUGACAAAAUAACCAGUCUUCAUGACACGUGGCACCACCUUCCCCCUAAGAGAGCCGAAUUGCAGAGAACUCGAUCAGAAACCCUAGGUCUAUCACAGAUCGAAAGAGAGGGAGAGGUCAGGAACCCUAGCUCAUGGUGAUGCCUUGAAGACAAUGGCGCCAUUGGAGGAUAUCCCAGUCGAUCUGGUACGCCAAGUUCAGAUCUUGCUUCGCAAGGAUGCCAAUCUCUCGUCCUACGAUCCUCUCGACCCAUCUCUUCCAAAUCUCCCUUCGACCGACCAAGUAAUUGCCGAGUUCGAUCCGUCUCCACCACAGCUCCGGUGCGCCAACUGCAGGGGAAGGCUACCCAGAGGGUUGCAGUCGAUCAUAUGCGUAUACUGUGGGCUAGAGCAGAAAGGAGAGGUUGCUCCAGAGCCGAUUUUGUUCAAGAACACAGCUGGGUUUCGUUGGUUGCUCGAGACAUUGGACUUGGAUGGAUCGGAGGCCUUGGGACCAUCAACUGUAGUAAAAGAAGCAAGCAGAGGACGGAGUGCUGUGAAAGAUGAAGGUUCCUUGUCAGAUCUCUUAGAUCUGGAAAUAAAAUGGACUUCUGAGUCAGAGAAACUGGGGGCUGGUGUUUCGAAUGAGGCAUCAGUUCGGAGUAAAAGUCCUUUGAACUUGGCUGGAGUUGACCUAGACAACUUUUUUUCUGAAGCUAGGAGAGAUACUGUUAUUAAGGCAUCUGAAGAACAAUUUGCAGCAACAAAAGAGAUAAGAAGUAAGGAAAGCAAUGCAUUGCAAGGUCAUGAAAAUCUUAGUUUGUUUGAGAAUGUUCAUCCUUCUGAAACAGUUGUGAGGCCUGCAGAAGACAAGAAUAGUGCUGCUUUCUCUGGUUGGGAGGCAGAGUUCCAAAAUGCUAAUUCUGAAAGUGUUCAUGAAGGCUCCAAAGAGUUUGACCCUUUUGUGGGUUCCACGGUUGAUCUUUCAUCCCACAUGGAUGCAGUCUUUGGAUCUGGAAAAGAUAUAAAUAGUGCUCAUGUGAGUGAUGACACAACUCCUGCUUCCAGGACUAAUGAUUGGAUUCAAGAUGACUUGUAUAAAAAUUUGAACUCCAAGGUACCAGCCCAUGUGGGACAAGUUGAUUCAACCAUCCAAGCUGAGGAUGCUCAAAAUUUAGCUGGUCCCUCUUCCACAAGAGAUGAUCGGUUUCAAGAUGAUCAAUGGAAAAACAGCAGUGCAAAAUCAACUGAUGAUAAGAUCGCGCUUGGAAAAAAUGAUAAUUUGUUUGAUGCUUGGAAUGAUUUUCCAAGUUCCUCUACUUCACAAGAUCCUUUUAGAAGUUCUUGGAAACAAAAUAAUGGUAGUUCUCUGACACCUUCUGUUGAACAGACUUCUGAACCAAAUCUGUUGAGAUCAACUCGUAACUUGCAAGACAUGGAGUUUGGUAACUUCUCACAGCAGGAGGACCUUUCUUCUGGGUCAGAUAACAAUCAAAAUGCUUCUUCCACAGUUAGCAAUAUGCUUCCAGAAGCUUCUGAUUCAAACAGGAAAACUGACAGAAGUGCAGAAGAUGGGGGAAGGUUAGAACAAUCUGUGAAAGAUGAAGAUAUUCUUGAUGCAACCACUAGUUCGAAGGCUGAUGACGUAGAGAUGUUGAUGUCACAAAUGCAUGAUCUCUCUUUUAUGCUGGAAAGCAAGCUCUCAGUCCCACAAAGCUAGAUGGUUUUACUUGAUAAGAUAGACGAUUGAAACACCCAGGUGUUGUCCUUGAGCUUUUAUUACAUAAUGUGCUUUGUCCAAUAUGUCUUACGGCCACAUAUUUGAUCCUCCAGUUGUAAUCACUGAGCUGUUUUCUAGGGUUUUUUCCCCCUAUAAUUUUGUAUUCUUUAAUGUAUUUACUGGCUUUCUGAGUUUGAUCCUUCUGCCGUAAUGUUGAAUAGCUAGAUUAUUAGGCA